AGCUCGACCCGAGAGAAACUUACCGAGGAAACCCUCAAGCGGAAGCGCAUCAAGUGAAACACCGUAUCCACCGUAUUUUUUGACGUAACCUUUGCCCACGAGUCCUGCCAUGGCCAUUCCCUUCUAUGAGAACGAGCACGCGUCGGCCUCGGCGUCGGCGACGGCAACCGCGCCCAGUGACAUUGCCACCGCCACCGCUGGCGACCAAGUGGAUGGACCGCCGCUCCUCGAUCCCGGAUUCGACCAUGUGGACUACGAAGGACCUCCGCCUGCAGCGGCGGCAUCAGCGGCAACAAGUGAGCCGCCACCGACCGCCGAGGAGCAGCUGCUGGCCUGGAAAAUGCUGGCCCUGACCAUGUGCAAGGUCCUCAAGCAGUUCUGCCAGCAUCACAAGCAGGCCACCGGGAAGCCCACCAAAAUGACGGCCACCGUCCAGAUCCAGCCACAGAGCCAGUAAGACCCCCGCCCCCCCAGUAUACCCGACCCCCCCUCCGCCACCCACAAAAAAACAGAAGCAGGACCCGGGACAACCGUGCCCGGAGCUCUGAAGCGGCUCCUAAAAGCGCAACUUGUGAUUAAUUUACCGUUGGCGAACACGUGAGAACUAGCGCAGCGCCCCAGCCCAGCCCCACCCCACACCACACCCCCCCUAGGGACAGAAGGAGACGGAGACGAAGACGGGAGAGAGAGAAAGAGAUUUAGGAAGGAUUAGAGAGUGCAAAAUGUGAAUCAAUUUCCCAAGGAAAAACCCCAGAAAGUAGUUUUUAUACACCACGUAUUUUCUUUGAUGGAGAAAUGAUUUCGAAAUUGCCGUCGCGACACACACUUUUUGGAUAAGCGCAAAUGUGAUAAAUAAUUUUGCUAAAAAUAUUUCCAGUCCCCUCCCCGGAAGCUCCCCGCAAACUUAUCUAAGUUUAGUUCUAAUCCUAAGUUAAGUUCUCCCAAGAACAAGGUCCCCAGAGAUCCGAUCCGAUCCGAUCCCAUCCGAUUCGAUCUGGAAGCAGCAGCUAGUUUUCAGAGUCUCUCUCCGAAGAGAAGCCCAACACACUUCGUAUAUAUCCUUCAAAUAAGUCUAAAUAUAUAUACAUAUAUAGAUGUGCGUGUGUAUAUGUGUCCGUGUGUAGGUACAACAUUUUUUUUUACAAACAACUCUCUUGGUGUCUAUUUAUCAGAGUUUCAACUUCCUAGGUAGAAUGCUUCUUCGACUUAGCGAAUAGUUAUGCAAAUACAACAUAUGUUAGGUGUAUAUUUUUGAUAUUUUUAUAUUUGCUUUGCCAAUCGAUAAGUCUCAGCUGUGCGUUUGUGUCAACUUAGUUUCCAUGUAUGUAGAUCCCUACUCAUAAGCAAUACGAUGCGCAAUACGCGACGAGGACUUCGCCCGACUGAAAGACCCUCAGGUCUGGGAGGAGGCAGGACACUUCCGCGUGUCACGAGCAUACACAUAGUACAAGUUCAAAAGUAGAAAUAUUUACAUCCAUACAACAACAACAACAACAACAACAACAACCCUCCCCCCACCCCCACUACCCCCCACAACACAAAACACAAAACAAUUACUAUUAUUAGAGAUUAAGCAAUUUUUUAGAUCUAAACUAAGUAAACCCACAGAAAUAGUGUGCAUAAAGCAAAUUACAAUAAAAUAUUAUGAAAACGUA